UUUUUUUCUGGCAAAGAGAAACAAAGCAAAGCAAUAGUCAAAAGAGAGAAAGGCGAAAGAGGAGACAAAGGAGCGAAACGGAGAAAAUCAGAGGAGCAGGAAGCAAAGCAGGAAGGGAUUGGAUCAGAUUGGAUUGGAUACGAACGCGAGAGCAAUCGGCCAGGUUUGGGAACAGGAUGAACAACGGAUUCAGCACCGGUGAGGAGGACAGUCGCGGGCACACGGACCAAACGUGCUGCCUAAUCGACGACAUGGAGCGCUGUCGCAACCAGGCUGGCUACGCCAGCUACUCCAAGCGCAUCCAGAAGACGGUGGCCCAGAAGCGGCUCAAGCUCAGCAGCGAUCCGGCCGCGCAGCACAUCUACAUCUGUGACCACCACAAGGAGCGCAUCCAGUCGGUGCGCACCAAGCGUCGGCGCAAGGACAGCGAGGACGACAGCAACGAGACGGACACGGACCUGCACGAGUUCCCCGAUCUCUACCAGCUGGGCGUGAGCACGCUGCGACGCUACAAGCGCCACUUCAAGGUCCAAACGAGGCAGGGCAUGAAGCGGGCGCAGCUGGCGGAUACAAUUAUGAAACACUUCAAGACAAUACCCAUCAAGGAGAAGGAGAUCAUCACGUUCUUCGUGUACAUGGUGAAGAUGGGCUCGAAUAAGCUGGACCAGAAGAACGGCCUUGGCAACGACACCACCUGAAGGCGCGUCGGCGGGCGGAGGGAGGAGGAGGACGCCGACGACGUCUACUCCUUUUAACGCUGGCCAACUGCCGAUCAAAAAAAAAGUAAACACACACGCACUUCUCACAUUGUUGCUGCAUUUGCUGGACGUCGGCAUUGUUGACCAGAAUAAGGAUGAACGAGAAUACUGAUAGUGCAAUGCCUCAUCCUUAUCCGUGUGACCUCCUAGAAACCUAAUCCCAUACCCAUAAGCCACCACUGCCCAAACCCUUAAACCUUUCCUCGACUCCCCGGAAUACAAAAGAAAUAUGCAAUGAAAGAACGUAAGGAAAAAGGCAACUGGUGCUCCCACAAAAAACAAAAAAAUUAAAUUAAUAACAGUAUGUUGCGAAAGUAAGCCUAAAAUUAAAAAAAAAAAAGAAAUUUACAAAAACUAUUUAUAGCCUUGGUCCGUUGUUAAUAGCUAUUUAUACACGCACUAAAAUUAAAUAAACUAUGUAAAUUUACAAGAGAAUUAACAGAAAACACAACACACUAAAUCAAAUAGCAAUUCGUAUUCUUAGGCUUAAAGACAUGUUCAUUUAGUCGUUUGUACUAUACAUCAAGUUAAAUGAAGUGGGUCUCUGGCUAGACGUCAGUUAGUAGUAACCAGACAAGCAAACACAAUUGAACUUCAAUGUGAAAGCAAAUUUAAUCCGGAAGCCUAUGCAUUAUCGCUACAAAGAGAGAAAUAAGGAACGAAUUAACUUGCAAUAUUUAAACUAAAACAUCGUGUCGUUCGCCCCGGCGGGUUGCAUAUAUAUUUAGAGCUCUAGUUUAAGUCUAACUUGGACGAACAUCGGUUCCACAAAUCAAUUGGAAUUCCGCAUUAAACGAUUUCUGUUAAAAGCCUA